CCCUUAAGGAAGAUGAUUGGGUAUCUUUGCCGUAUUGUAAUAACUAUAUGAAGGCUGAUUGGUUGUUUAGUUUACGUAACCACAUAUAAGAACCAAUGGAACUUCGGCAGAAAUGGAGACCGCCUAAGCGCAAAUUCUGAUUGGAUUAAUGUGAUGAUGAAACAUUCGGGAUUAAAUUAGUGUACUAGAAACAUCAACCGAGUAUGAACGAGCCUGCUUCUCAAAACAUAAAAGAGAAAUCAUUCACAUUUGAGGGCGGUGGUGAAGACGAUCAGUCUUUAAUCGUUUCUAUUCCUGAGGUUCUUGAUCCACAAUAUGGGAUGUACGUGUGGCCCUGUGCGGUGGUGCUGUCACAAUAUGUGUGGAUGGCACGCAAUAGACUUCAACACAAGACUGUUCUUGAGUUUGUGUUACAGCUCGGUGCUGGUGUGAGUUUGCCUGGUGUAGUAGCUGCUAAAUGCGGGGCUCGUGUGAUCCUGUCAGACAGUGCCGAACUCCCCCUCUGCUUAAAGAACUGCAGACGCUCCUGUGAUGUCAAUAACCUCCCCAAUAUACCUGUGAUCGGACUGACCUGGGGUCAGGUAUCACCUCAACUCCUCUCACUGCCACCUGUAGACAUCAUUCUGGGAUCAGAUGUAUUCUAUGAACCUGAAGAUUUUGAAGAUGUGCUUGUGACCAUCUACUUUCUUAUAAGGAGAAAUCCUUCUGCUCAGUUUUGGACAACAUACCAGGAGAGAAGUGCUGACUGGUCCAUCGAUGCUUUGCUGCACAAGUGGAAUCUUACGUGUAUUAAUGUUCCUUUAGAAAUAUUUGAUGGCAGCAAAAACCACUUGGCUGGAUCAACACUUCCUGGGAAUCACACUGUACAAAUGAUGAUUAUAACAGCAAGAGAAAUGUGUUAAUAUAAUUAUGUUUAAAUAUUUGUAUACAAAAUGUUAAAUUAUUUAUUUUUCAUACAAUAAAUUACUUUAAAAAUAUAAAAAUAUAUUUAUUUUACUUGUAAAUGACGGGAGAAGUUCACAGGAUUCACUGGAUAAAACUAGGAAGAAGUUGGGUUUCAUUGGGCACAAUUUCAAAAGGCGUCAUUUCGAUUUAAAGAGCACCUAUUUCAAUGCUAAAAAAAAAACAUUAUUUUGUGUAUUUGGUAUAAUACAAUGUGUUCGCGUGGUUUAUGGUUCAAAAAACACAUUUUCCACAUAGGGCUGUCACGGUUAUGGAAUUUGGCUGACGGUUAAUUGUCUAAUUAUAAAUUGUGAUGAUUAUGCAGAUUAAUUGCCUGUUUUAGGGCUUUGACGGCUAUGAUGAUUA